GAGGGAGAAGCUCUUGUGAAAUGGAAGAAUAGCCUAGCCCCGUCUUCUUCUCUCGACUCUUGGUCCCUCACCAAUCUCGAUAAUCUUUGUAACUGGACUGGCAUUAAUUGUAACUCUGCAGGUUCAGUCUCUGAGAUUAACCUUUGUGAGAAACAACUUGAUGGAAUGCUGUCUGAGUUUGGUUUCACUUCAUUUCCAAAUCUCAACAAUCUCACCCUCGCAGCUAACUACUUCUCCGGUCCAAUACCACCAGCCAUUGAGAAUUUAACACAGCUUCAAUAUCUUGAUUUGAGAAAUAAUUAUCUAGAUGGUCCAUUCCGUUCCAGGUUAGCCAUCUUCAGAGCUUGCUCAUCUUAAACCUGUCACAGAAUGCAUUGCAAGCUCCAAAUUGGUCCGAUUUCUCUCCCAUGCCUUUCUUGCGCAUCCUCAACCUCAGUAGCAAUCCUCUUGCGUCGAAAUUCCCAGAUUUUAUAUCCAGUUCUCAUAGCCUGACUCACCUUAGCCUUAAUUAUAACGAGUUUACUGGUGAUUUGGUACGUGAAUCAGUAUUUGCCGAUCUGCAUAAUCUUGAAAAGCUCAGUCUUGUUGGCAAUUCUUUCGAGGGGCCAUUUCCGCCAGAUAUAUUCAGGCUUUCCAAAUUAAAACAUCUUAGCCUGUCAGAUAACAAACUUUCAGGUUCAAUUCCCAAUGACAUAAGGUUGCUUUGUGAUCUUGAAUACCUAUAUUUAGCCAACAAUUCCUUUGAAGGACCGCUUCCACCAAAAAUAUUCAAGCUUUCAAAAUUAAAAAAUCUUGUUAUUUGGGGUAAUAAGUUUUCAGGUUCUGUUUCCAACGAUAUAGGUUUGCUUUCUGAGCUUGAAAGCCUCUAUCUUGACUCCAAUUUUUUUGAGGGGCCGCUUCCGUCAAAUAUAUUCAAGCUCUCCAAAUUAAGGAUUCUUUUCCUUUGGCAUAAUAACUUUUCAGGUUCUAUUUCUAAGGAUAUAGGUUUGCUUUCUGGACUUGAAACCCUCUAUCUUGACUCUACUUUUUUUGAGGGUCCGCUUCCCCCACAUAUAUUCAAGCUUUCCAAAUUAACAAGUCUUGACCUCGCAUACAAUAGAAAUUUAUUUGAAGGAAGUAUUCCUAUUGGACUGGGACUCUUGACUAACCUCAGAUACUUGAGUCUAUCUUCCACUAAUCUCGGUGGCUAUAUUCCAUCUGAAAUUGGAAACCUGAAGCUACUAGAAGUUCUUGAACUCAGUUCUAAUCAAUUGAAUGGACCGCUUUCAAAGAUCAUUUCUAAUCUCACAAAUCUCACAGUUCUUGAUGUAAAUGAUAAUAGUCUUCGUGGAAAUAUUCAGAGUGACUUGUGGAAAUAUGACGAUCAUCCAACUUUGGAAUACAUCGAUUUAAGUGGGAACCAUUUUACGGGUGAGCUUCCAACAACAAUUUGCAAUGUCACUUCCCUUUUGGUUCUUGAUUUGAGUUGUCAGCUGACAUAUCUAAACAUGGAUAAUAAUGAGUUUGAAGGAUUGUUACCCCCAUCUUUGGCGAACUGUAAGCACUUCAAAAUUCUUGAUAUUGGCAAUAAUAAAAUAGGUGGUGCAUUUCCGUCAUGGCUUUAUGUACUUGGAGAGCUGGAAGUCCUUGUCUUGCGAUCAAAUAAACUCUAUGGUACAAUAAGUGGAAGGAGCAUAGAAGAUCCCUUCCCCAAGUUGCGGAUUGUGGAUCUGUCCAACAAUCAAUUCACAGGCCAUUUGCCAAUUCAAUACUUUAAGAAUAUGAAAUCAACUGAUAAUUUGUAUCGUUAUCAGAAUGACACAGGAGAUAUUUCUUUCCAUUAUGAAGCAUCUGUCUCAUUAACUGUGAAGGGAACAGAGUAUGAAGUGAAAAAUAUCCUUCAUAUUUACACAGCCAUUGAUCUGUCCUGCAACAAGUUUCAAGGAGAAAUUCCUGACGUUAUUGGAGAGCUUAGAUGGCUUGCAUUGCUCAACUUAUCUCAUAAUAGUCUAACAGGACCUAUCCCUUCGUUGCUGAGAAAUAUGAAAGGACUCCAAUCUUUAGAUUUGUCUUCAAAUCAACUGACAGGGGCUAUUCCACCUCAAUUAACUGCAUUGACAUUUCUAGAGGUCUUGAACCUCUCGGGAAACCAUCUUAGUGGAGAGAUUCCUCAGAAAGGGCAGUUCAGCACAUUUACAAAUGAUUCUUAUCUAGGAAACUCCGCGUUAUGUGGAUUACCUUUGACGAAGAAAUGUGCAAACACAGCAUCACCUCCACAAGAAGUCGGAAAUGGUGAUGAAGAUGAUGCUUGUGAUGAAUUGACAUGGGAAGCAAUUGUGAUGGGAUAUGGAUGUGGACUGAUAUGUGGAUUGUCAUCUGCGUACAUUGUUCUCAAACUAGGAAAGCCUUGGUGGUUUGUGAGAUAUAUCGAAGUACUGCAACUGAAGUUGAUGAAAAGAUGCUUGAAGAAUGGUACUGGUCGAUCAAGACGAACUUGA